UUCCUUUCUUUCUUUCUUUCUUUUUAGUUUUUCUUUUUUUUUCUUUUUCUUUCUUUUUUUCUUUUUUUUUUUUUCCUUUUAUGCUUUCUCAUUCUUUCUUUCAGUUUCCUUUCUUCUUUCUUUCUUUUUAGUUUCUUUUUUUUUUUUCCUCUUCUUUUUUUCUUUCGAUUUUUUCUUUUUCUUUUCUUUUCUUCAUUCUUUCUUUCAGUUUUCUUUCUUCUUUCUUUCUUUUUUUUUUUCUUUUUCUUUUCUUUUUUCUUUUCGAUUUUUUUUUUAUUUUUUUAUUUUUCUUUCUUUCUUUCUUUUUUCUUUUUUCCAUUUACAUUUUUCUUUUCUUUUCUUUCUUUCUUUCUUUCCAUUUUUUCCUUUUUUUUUCCUCAUUUUUUUCUUUCAUUUCCUUUUUCUUUUUUCUUUUUUCUUUUUUUCUUUCUUUUUCUUUCUUUUUUCUUUUUUUUUUUUUUUAUUUUUCAUUCUUUCUUUUCUAUUCCUUUUCUUUUUUUUCUUUUUUUUUUUCAGUUUUUUUUUCUUUUUUCUUUUUUUUAUUCUUUUUUCCUUUCUUUUUUUCUUUUCUUUCUUUCAGUUUCCUUUCUUCUUUUUUUCUUUCUUUUUUUUCCUUUUUUUUUUCUUUCUUUUUUUCUUCUUUCAUUCUUUCUUUCAGUUUUUUCUUUCUUUUCUUUCUUUUCUUUUUUUUUUUCCUUUUUUUCUUCAUUCUUUUCUUUCAGUUUCCUUUCUUCUUUCUUUCUUUUUAGGUUUUAUUUUUUUUCUUCUUUUUUUUUCUUUCUUUUUUUUUCUUUUUUUUUUUCUUUCUUUCUUUCUUUCUUUCUUUCUUUCUUUCUUUUUUCUUUUUUCUUUUUUCUUUCUUUUUUCUUUUUUAUUUUUUCUUUUUUCUUUUUUCUAUUCGAUUUUUCUUUCUUUUUCUUUCUUUCUUUCUUUUUUUUCAGGAUUUUUUUUUUCCUUUCUUUUUUUCUUUCUUUCUUUUUUUUCUUUUUAUUGUACUUUCUUUCUUUCUUUCUUUUUCCUUUCUUCUUUCUUUCUUUUUUUUCCAUUUUUUUUUUCUUCUUCUUUUUUCUUUUCGAUUUUUUUUCCUUUCUUUUUCUUUCUUUCUUUCAUUCCAUUCUUUCUUUUUCUUUCCUUUCUUUUUUUCUUUCUUUUUUCUUUCUUUUUUCUUUUUCCUUAUCUUUUUUCUUUUCGAUUUUUUUCCAUUUUCUAUUCUUUUUCUUUCUUUCUUUCUUUCAGUUUUUCCUUUCUUUCUUUUCUUUUUAUUUUUUUCUUUCUUUUUUAUUUUUUCUUUCUUUUCUUUCUUUUUUUCUAUUCUUUUUUUUUCCUUUUAUUUUAUUUCUUUCUUUCUUUCCAGUUUCCUUUCUUUCUUUCUUUCUUUUUAUUUAGGGUUUUAUUUUUUCCUUUUCUUCUUUUUUUCUUUUCUUUCAUUUUUUUCUUUUUGCUUUCUUUUUUUUUUUCUUUUUCAUUCUUUCUUUUCUUUUUUUUCUUUCUUUCUUUCAGUUUUUCUUUUUUUUCCAUAUUGUUUUUAUUUUUCUUUUUCUUUUUUUUCUUUCUUUUUUUUCUUUUUUUCUUUUUUCAUUUCCUUUCUUCUUUUCUUUCUUUCUUUUUUCAUUUCCUUUCUUUCUUUUUUCUUUCUUUUUUUUUUAGGGUUUCUUUUUUCUUUCUUCUUUUUUUCUUUUUUUGUUCCUUUUUUUUUUUCCAUUUUUUUUUCUUUUCUUUCUUUUUUCUUUCUUUCUUUUCUUUCUUCUUUCUUUCUUUUUUUUUCUUUCUUUUUUUUUUUCCAUAUUCUUUUUUCUUUUCGAUUUUUUUUUUUUUCUUUCUUUCUUUCAUUCUUUUCUUUCUUUCCUUUCUUCUUUUUUUCUUUUUCUUUUUUUCUUUCUUUCUUUUUUCUUUUUUCUUUCUUUUUUUUUUUUUCCUUUUAUGCUUCCUCAUUCUUUCUUUUUUAGUUUCUUUUUCUUCUUUCUUUCUUUUUUCUUUUAGGGUUUUUUUUUUUUCUCUUUCUUUUUUUCUUUUCGAUUUUUUUCUUUUUUUUCUUUCAUUCUUUCUUUCUUUUUUCUUUUCUUUUUUUCUUUUUUUUAGGUUUUUAUUUUUCUUUCUUUUUUUUUUCGAUUUUUUCCUUUUUCUUUCUUUCUUCAUUCUUUCUUUCAGUUUCCUUUCUUUCUUUUUUCUUUCUUUUUUCUUUUAUUUUUUUUUUUCCUUUCUUUUUUUCUUCCUUUUUUUUUUUUCUUUCUUUUUCUUUCUUUCUUUCUUUUUCCUUUUUUCUUUCUUUCUUUUUUCCAUUUUGUUUUUCUUUUCUUUUUUUUUCUUUUCAAUUUUUUUCUUUUUUUCUUUCUUUCUUUCUUUCUUUUUCUUUUUUCCUUUCUUUUAUUUUCCAUAUUUUUUUUCUUUUUUUUUUUCUUUUUUCUUUCUUUUUUUUCUUUCUUUCUUUUUCCAUUCUUUUAUUUCUUUCUUUUUUUUUCUUUCUUUCUUUCUUUUUUUUCAUAUUGGAUUUUUUUUCUUUUUCCAUUUUUUCUUUCUUUCUUUUUUCUUUCUUUCUUUCUUUCUUUUUUUUCUUUUUUAUUUUUUCUUUCUUUUUUCUUUCUUUCUUUUUCUUUGUUUCUUUUCUUUUUUCUUUCUUUUUCCAUUUCUUUUCUUUUUUUCUUUCUUUUUUUUUCUUUUUUCUUUUCCUUUUUCUUUCUUUCUUUCCAUAUUGUACUUCUUUUCUUUUUUCCAUUUUCUUUCUUUUUUCUUUUCUUUUUUUUCCUUUUUUUCUUUUUCUUUUCUUUCUUUUCUUUCAGUUUUCUUUCUUUCUUUCUUUUUUUCUUUCUUUUUUCUUUUCUUUUUUCUUUCUUUCAGUUCCUUUCUUUUUUUCCAUUUGUUUCUUUCUUUUCUUUUUUCUUUUCUUUCUUUCUUUUUUCCAUUUUUUCUUACUUCUAGUCUUUUUUUUUUCUUUUAUUUCUUUCUUUCUUUCUUUCUUUCAGUUUCUUUCUUUCUUUUUCCAUAUUGUACUUCUAUUCUUUUCUUUCUUUCUUUCUUUCUUUCUUUCAGUUCCUUUCUUUCUUUUUCCAUAUUGUACUUCUAUUCUUUUCUUUCUUUCUUUCUUUCUUUCUUUCUUUCUUUCUUUCAGUUCCUUUCUUUCUUUUUCCAUAUUGUACUUCUAUUCUUUUCUUUCUUUCUUUCUUUCUUUCUUUCUUUCAUUUCCUUUCUUUCUUUUUCCCAUAUUUCUAUUCUUUUCUAUUCUUUUUUUUUCUUUUUCUUUCUUUCUUUUUUUCUUUUUUUUUCUUUUCUUUCUUUCUUUCUUUUUCUUUCUUUCUUUUUCCAUAUUGUACUUCUAUUCUUUUCUUUCUUUCUUUCUUUCUUUCUUUCUUUCAGUUCCUUUCUUUCUUUUUCCAUAUUGUACUUCUAUUCUUUUUUCUUUCUUUCUUUCUUUCUUUUUCCAUAUUGUACUUCUAGUCUUUUCUUUCUUUCUUUCUUUCUUUCUUUCUUUCUUUUUUUCUUUCUUUCUUUCAAUUCCUUUCUUUCUUUUUCCAUAUUGUACUUCUAUUCAUUUCUUUCUUUCUUUCUUUUUCCUUCCUUCUUUCCUUCCUUUCAUACAUUAUGUUCUUUCAUCUUUCUUUUUUUUAUCCAUUAUUUAUUUCGUUCUGGCGUUUCUUUUCUUUCUUUCUGA